CAUAGCUUUCCCAUCUUCUAUAAAUAAAAUCCCCUCCUUCAACCACCAAGUCGUUUCGCCCAUUGCCUUCCGAAAAUCGCUGAAUCUCUCCUUCCUCUUCAACAACAACUGCGGCAACCGAUUUCCUAAUCCGAACAAACGUCGUCAGGUCGACUACCAAAAAUUCCGGCAAGAGGAGCGUCGUUCGAUUUCCAUCAAACGCACAUUAAAAUGGCGGUCCAAGCUGCUCAACACCCGUCCAACGCUUUCUACUCCGAGUACCCCUCCAGGAUGCCGAUCGGCAGUGUUCUUGAAGGCCUACAGACCAUGCAGAGCCGUCAGCUUCAGAUCGAUCAUCUUCCUAUUGUUGGCAAAGUGGCUGCGGGUUUACCCAACGCUAGUGUGUUUAGCGAUCAUCCUCAGAGCGAGCUCACAUGCAAUGUCUCAGGAUCUCGGAAGAGAAGCCAUGAUGAGAUGUUGAAGUUGGCUCCACUUCCUCCGUUUGCCCGUGUUUCCAAUCCUUCCUUACUUGCAGCAUCCUUCGGUUUGAAGAAUGGUUCUUGCGGUGCUGUUACCUCUGCUUUAUUGGCGUCGCGCGGGCAGAGCAUGCGGGUUUUUGAUUCAGCUUCGGCUUCGACCAGUGGCCGGUCAUCCGGCGUUUCUUCCCAGUCCGCUUCUGCUCCGGGUUCUUUCGGCCAGGAGAUUCUUGCUCAGAUCCGCCAUAAUAACUCCGAGAUGGAUGAACUCAUCCGUUCGCAGUACGAUAAGAUUCGUCUAGGACUGCUGGAAGCGCGCAAAAGGCACUGCAAAUCACUGGCCUCCAUAUUACAGCAAGUCGUUGUGAAACGUCUACGCGAAAAGGAGUCUGAACUGGAAGGCGCGAACCGAAAGAAUGCCGAGCUGGAGGAGAAGAUCCAGAAGAUGACCGCCGAGAAUCAGAUCUGGUUCAAUGUCGCCAAGAACAACGAAAUAUUAGUUUCCAAUCUAAGAACAAAUCUCGAGCAAGUGCUCUUCCAGAACGCCGCUACAGCUGCGGCUGUUCCCUCUCUGAAGGAAGGUUAUGGAGACAGCGAUGGUGCUCCGUUAUUGGCAGAGGACGUGCAGUCUUUCUGCUAUGACAACGAGACUCAGUUGAAGCCGGCGGCGGCUCAGCCCAUCUCUAUGUCCUUGCCAGCCAACGAGACAAGCCGACAACAGAUGAAUUGCAAGGUGUGCGGCGUCGUUCAAGUGUCUGUUCUUGUUCUUCCAUGCCGGCACCUUUGCCUCUGCCAGAAUUGCGAGCCGAGCGUUGCCUUAUGUCCAAUCUGCAACUACCCGAAGAACGCCUGCUUACAAGUAUUCAUGUCGUGACUUAAUCGGCAAAUGGAGAACUCAAUAUAUCUUUUUUGGUUCGCUCUGUUACAUGAUCGAUCAAAUCCGUAAUUUUCUUCUCUUUAAAUCUCCACGGCAUUUAUGCCGUUUUUAGCGCCAAGUGUUCUUAUUAUUUUGUUGUAAAGUUUUGAAGAAAUCUUCUGAUAAUAUUCCAUUUUUAUGUUUAGGAUUUUCUCUCUUAUAUUGUAAUUGACUCUUUCGUCAUGUUUUAGUAAUUUGUGUUUAUUGUGGGGUAAAAGUUUUUUA